GAUCGCACGCGCGAGAGCUGACCUGCCAGUUGCUUACGAAUACGCGUCGCGAUCGGUUUAACUUACGGUGGAGCUCCGUCCCAUAGCAGUAAGGUAGAUAAAGUCCACAACGAAACAAACUUUGAUUCUGUUUGGACUUAUCGCGCUGCUGCUGGGUAAACAUUUUUCAUACACGAAUUUCCGGGUUAACGAAUUGUGAAUCGGUCAAGUGCACAAUGGCUUGUAAGAUGGACAUCACGUUCGAGAACGGGACAAAGAUGCCAGCCCUCGGAUUCGGCACUUGGCGGGCAUCCGAUGAAGAGGUGGAGAAAGCGCUCAAUGAGGCCCUGGAAGCCGGUUAUCGUCACAUCGAUACUGCACCGGUAUAUCUUAAUGAGAAAACCAUCGGCAAGGUGCUGAAAGAGUGGAUGGAUGCCGGAAAGGUGACCCGGGAUGAACUGUUCAUUGUGACCAAAUUGCCACCUCACGGAACACGAGCCAGCACGGUAGAGAAAUUCCUUCGGAAAUCGUUGGAUGAUCUACAGUUGGAGUACGUGGAUUUGUAUCACGUUCACGUGCCGUUCACCGUGCCGGAGGUUGACGGUCCAUUCCUGGUGGAAGAUGGACUGAUCGUGCUGGAAACGACAACGGAUCAUAUCGCCCUAUGGAAGGCCAUGGAGGAAGUGUACGAAGCCGGUCUCGCACGCAACAUAGGCCUAUCGAAUUUCAACCAACGGCAGAUACAAAGGAUCCUCGAUAAUUGCCAAAUCAAACCGGCUAAUCUGCAGAUCGAGAACCACAUCUAUCUGCAGCAACCGGAACUGGUAAAGUUUUGCAAGGCCAACGGCAUUACCGUUACCGCGUACUCCCCGCUCGGAUCCAAGGGCAUCGAAAAGCUGCUUGGCCGCGAAGUCCCGGACCUGCUGGAUAACCCGGUGGUGAAGGAAAUUGCCGAAAAGCUGGGCAAAUCGCCCGCCCAGGUACUGCUGCGCCACCUGUUGCAGCGUGGGAUUUCAACGAUCCCGAAGAGCACCAACCCCAAGCGCCUGCGGGACAAUAUCGAUCUGUUCGGGUUCGAAAUCGAAGAUUCCGACAUGGUACGGCUGAACCAGCUGGAUCAGAACAUUCGCAUUUGCGAUUUCGGAUUUUUCCCCGGCAUUACCAAACAUCCGGAGUUCCCUUUCUAAACGAGAGGAAGAAUUUAAAUAUUUUAACAAAAAAUAAAUGAAAUUUCUCAUUACUUUCUACAAAGUAAAUAAACAGAUAACAUAUUAAUCAAAUAUUUUAAUGACCUAGUAGCUUUCAUCGCAAGCCUAUCGGAUGGCUAUCAUUUGCAUUUCAAAAAUAAUUAUUUUAGUAUUAGAAGUACAACAAUAUAGUUUGAUAGUUGCGCACUCUU